CAGGUGCGAUAAAUCUCGUCAGUCGUCAUCGGUAUUUCGUAUAGUAUGUUUCACGGCGUGAAGAUCUUAUAAAUCAGUAAAAGUGUGUGCUAAGUGUCAAGUGCUAUAUUUUCUACUAAGAGUUAUCGAAUUAUUAAAUAUCUUGACAAUUGUAAAUAUGAGAAUUAAAAGAGUUCCAAGACACAGAAUACUGCAAAACAGUAUCAGGAUUGCAACAGAAGGCCUUCUAGACGAAGAAAGUGAUACAGAUGUUGAGAAAGAUUAUAAUUUUACAUACACACUAGAUUCAUUUCAGGCGUAUCACGCAUCAUCUUCAAGAAUUCUUUCUCCAAAUACGUUAUCCACUAUUUCGAGCAAUGAAUUAACCUUGGCCACAUCCACCAGCACAUUACCAUUGCUCACUAACGAUAACAACAUUAACGAGGAGGUCAUGAAUCUGUCAACAAAGGAUGCUUCCAAUCGCGUUGAUGAAAUCAUAACAGAUACCUCCGCCGAGCCGGAGGAUAAAUUAAAGGACUCUUUCCUUUACAAGAUUAUGACUGAUCCAAAUUUUCUGGAAAAUAUACAGAGGAACAAGCGAGCGAAAAAGUUCGUUUGCCUUUACUGUAAGGAGGAAUUCGCGACAUGCGAGGAAUUGACAAGUCAUAUGGAUGCGAAGAAGAAUGACAGCAAUCAGAUCGCCUGCUGCGCUUGCAAAAAGACUUUCGCCGAAAAGAGAUACCUGAAGUACCAUCAGCGAUGUCACUCGGAGAGAACCAAGUUCACCUGUGACAUUUGCACCAGGAAGUACACGAGGUUGGACAACUUGACGAGGCAUAACGUGCUACAUGUGAACCCUGACAAGUUUUCCUGCACAAUGUGUAACAGAACGUUCACACGUAAGGAUCUGUUGAACAAGCAUCGGAAAAGCCACGAGAAGUGCAAUCUUUACUGCGUGAAAUGCGGCAAGUAUUUUAGAAGUCUUCUCACGCUGGAAAAUCAUGAAAAGAAAUGGCAUUGCCAAGUAUCGAAUACUUCGAUUAAUGCGGCUUUUUCCGACAGUUCAGUUUCUGCUGGAAAUAGCGUUCGUAAAAUGGAAAAUUUAGUUUCCGAGAGUAAAGUGUGUAAGAGUCAAGAUUUAACUUCUGGUGGGAGUUUAAUUUGUAAAACUGAUGAUAUAGUUCGCGAAACUCAGAAUUUAUCUUCCGAUAUUUGUUAGGCAAAAAUAUAAAUGUCUGUUCCAUCUCAAUUUCUUCUACUUUUUGUAGCCAAAAAAAUUUUCAAAACAAAUGUUACUGAGUAAAAUACAUUGUUUUUGUGUUUAAAUUUAACAAAUCUACUAUACGACAAUUAUGUUAAAAUUUGCAGCACAAUUUUUCGUAUAAUCAUUGCAAACUUAUUAUUAUAAUAAUUGUUUAUUGCAUAAUUUAUAGAUUUAUAUAGAUGUUUGCAAUUCUAUUGACUUAUUUACAAACGAUUAUAGAUUUUGUAUACAUACUCUCGUAAUUGUACGGUUAAUCUACAUAAUUAACGAUGCACUGAUUCAAUUUGUGUUGUGUUACGACUGUGUCUAAUAUCUCCGGAAAUUAUAUUAUAAUUUAGUUAAUUAAUUAUGUUACAUUCGAAUUAUGUUAUAUAACAUAAUGUUAUUAUUA